AUGCAAAAUUUUGAUGUUUUGAAGUUUGCACGGUUCGAAAAGGAAGACCAAGCGCGACGGUAUACAAAGAACUCCGUAAGAUUAAAAACGCUAAAUACUAACAAGACAAGACUUACACAAUAAAUAUGACAAGUUUUUAGGCCGUAAAAGAACAGCCCAGUUACUUCAGCAAAUUCCAAUGGAGAACCUCGCGGGUCGCGCGGAUAACAUCCCCAAUGAAAUGGAAAGUAAGAACUAUGAAUUUGUAAAAUCAUAUACGAAUCCUUGCUCCUUCUUCAAUUUUGUCUAUGUCCACUUCAGCGAGGGCCUGCAACCAAAAAAGUACUCGUAAUUGUGGUCUACUUGUUUUAUGCAUUGAAACGACAACAACGAUUCAAAUGA